UGAAGAAGAUAGGACGCAGGUACGGCGAUGUCGCUGCUCAAGUCCAAGCCGGUGGACUUUGAUAUGGUCUGGAACGAGAUCGAGCCGUCCGUGGAGGUCCUCGUCAACGGCUCGCACGCUCCGUUCUCGAACGAAAAGUGGCAGGGCGUCUACCACGGCGUGUACAGCAUCUGCACCAACCCGGGCGCGCCGCAAGCCGAGGCGCUCUUCUUCCAGCUGCGCGAAAUCCUCGUGCGCCGCGUUACCGAGAUCGUCGAGCUCUUGACAGCCGAGCCGGGCGACGCUGAGUUCCUCGCCCUCUACUGCUCGCACUUUAACGUCUACUCGACUGGCAGCAACUACGUCUCGGAGCUCUUCGCUUACUUGAACCGGUAUUGGAUUCGAUACGCCCACUCCGAGUACGGCCAAGCACCGAUUCCAGGCGUGUACCCCGUGCCCGAGCUCGCGCUGCGCAUUUGGCGCGACAUUGCACACAGCGCGCUCAAGCACCGCGUUGUGAAUGCACUCGUGCAUAUCUUUCGCAUGGCGCGUGAGGCGGGCGACGCGUUCUUCGAGCACGGCGACCUCGUUGCGACGACGGUGCAGAUCUACCUCGUGCUCGGGCUCAACAAGCAAGACCCGCUGAAGCUCUACCGCCUCGAAGUCGAGUCGGUCUUUCUCAUGGACACGGAAGUGUACUACGCCGGCGUCGCCCAAGACCUCCUUUCGCGGCUCUCGAUCGCCGAGUACCUCGCUCACGUCGAAGCUCUCUGCAAGCAAGAAGAACGCCGCUGCGACGGCAAAAUGCACCGCAUCACGGUCAAGCAGGCGCGACAAACGUGUUGCCGCGUCCUCGUCGAAGAGCACGCGGAUCGCCUUUGCGAACACGUGGACGCGUUCCUGGCCGCCAACCAGACGUCGGACCUCCGGCGUCUCUUUACCCUCUUUUCCGAGCUGCCGAACGAGCACGCGCUCAUGUUGUUCAAGACGAAUCUUAAAAAGUUCAUUGAGAAAACAGGCCUCGGCGUCGUGAAGCAGCUCCCGAUGGACGAGACGCUGCGCAACCCGCAGCUGUACAUUGAAGCACUCGUACGCGUGCGCGAGCAGUUUGUCGACCUCAUCCGCGACGCCUUUGGCUUCCACGCGCUCAUGCGCACGGCGCUGGACCAAGCCUGUCGGGCCUUUGCCAACGCCCACCCGCGCCUGCCCGAGCUCCUCGCCAAGUACACCCACGUACUCAUGACCAAACCUGGGCUCAACGACAACGAGAUCGAGGUCAAGAUUGACCAGAUCGGCGUCGUCUUUUGCCUCUUGGACGACAAGGACAUCUUCAAAACGUUUUACGCCAAGCUGCUUUCCCAGCGGCUCAUCCAUGGCACGUCCAUGGCCCACGAAUUCGAAGUGCUUCUGGUGCAAAAGCUGCGGGAUAUCUGCGGCUGUGAUUUCGUGUCCAAGCUCCAAAAGAUGUUUGCCGACAAGCUCCUGAGCUCGACGACAACGAACGCAUAUCGGCAAUGGCGCCAUGACCACCAUGGCAUGAACGAACCCAACUACCUGGUCGCCUUUGGCUUUGACGUGCUCACCGCGGGGGUGUGGCCGAUCCCGACGCCGUCGACAGCCUCGACGCUGCAGCUCCCCGUCGUGUGCCAGUAUCAAGUGGACCUCUUUACGACCUUUUACGUCGGCCAGAGCUCGGGCCGGCGCCUGCACUGGGUCCACCACCUCUCGCACGGGCUUCUCCGACUGAGCCUCGGUGGCCGGCUCUAUGAGAUCCACGCGAGUCUGUACCAAAUGAUCCUUCUGAUGCUCUUCAACGACCGGUCGUCGUGGCGGGCGACCGACCUGCGCGACGCCACGCGCGUGCCGAGCCUCGACGCCGUGCACCAGCAGCUGCAUCCGUUCGUCAAGAUGAAGCUGCUCGCGUCGGUCGAUGGCGCCCUGUACACGCUCAACGAGUCGUUUGCGCACAAGCGGUCGCGCAUCAAGGCCAUGCCGGUGCAGUCGGUGCUCGAGCCGCCAGCGUCGUCGUCGUCGUCGGCCUCGUCGCCAUCGUCGUCCAGUGGGCCGCCCCGCGAAGUCACGGAAGACCGCAAGAUGGCACUCCAGGCCGCGCUCGUUCGCGUGAUGAAGGCGCGGCGCGAGUGCUCAUUCGGGCAGCUCCACGCGGAGGUGACGGCGAUGCUCGUCAACCAAUUCGUGCCGUCGACCGACUUCGUGCAAACCAAUCUGGACCUGCUCGUGGAGAAAGAGUACGUUCGCCUCACGUCCACCGGCGCGUCGCGCAGCGCCGCCGUCUACGUCUACGUGGCCUAGUCGAUCGACGCCCGACCGUCUUUCUCGCCCUGUUCAAUAGAACGACUCGUAUGUACGCCUUGCACACUGU